AUGUGGCGUCUCGAAAGAAUCCGAACAUGUCCAAGGUCUUUGCGGUCUCUACGCGCGCUUUUCUUCAACUCCUCCGUGCAGCGGAAACUCUCCACACGCGCAACAUUCCACUACCUGGAAGAUCGCACAGAGUAUAAGACGACUAAGCCCUACCACAUCAACCUGCCAGAGCGAGCAUUGCCGCCCGGCCUACAGUCGAACGAAGUGUCUAUUCCUUACCACGGCAUUUCCGUGGCAGACAUCAGAGACAGGCAGCACAAUUUUAAGCUCGACAUUCAUGGUUUUGAAGUCGUGGUGGAGGACGCAAAUGACCCGAGCUCGCUCGUGAACUGCAUCGGCUAUGAGGAUUACGCCGAUGAAGCUCUGGUCCGAUCGAAAGUGAGAGAAGGCGUAGAGGCGUUUCUGAAGCGGCAUAUUAGCGGCUGUGAAGACGUCGUCGCAUUUUCGCAUCAGGCGAGGCAGGUCCGCAGGCGCGAUCAACAGUUCCCCGCACUACCGCGAGGCACGGAUGGCCGUAUACCGCAGCCCGUUCAGGGUGUUCACAUUGACAUGACGCCAGACGGCGCACGCUCCGAAAUCCAUGAAUCAUUGCUUGCACGUGGUUACUCUGAUAUAUCCACGAGACGAUGGGCUGUGAUCAGUACUUGGAGGCCUCUCUUUGGCCCACUGCAGGACUGGCCGCUCGCUAUGAUGGAUUAUCGAUCUCUGGACGUCUUCAGAGAUCUGAUCGCCUCGGACAAUAUCUACCUACACAAGAUUCGAGAGAACUAUAAUGUCCUCUGGAAUAAGUCUCACAAAUGGUAUUUCCUUGAAAACCAUCAGCCAAACGAGGUCUUAGUUUUCAAGACGUUCGACACGUAUGCCGGCAAAGGAAAUGCUCGAGCUUGCCCGCAUGCGGCCUUCCGCAAUCCCCUGGGGCCCGAAAAUGCUCGUCCCCGAGAAAGCCAUGAAUGCUUAUCCGUUGUGCUGUUCCCAGAGGGCUCAGCUGAACCCAAUCCCUACGAAGAGGUAGAUCCACGUUGCUCCACGAUUUGCCUUAUCGGGAUGCCUAACAAUAUUCAGCCGCUUCCGUCCGAAACACCUCCAGAGCUCCUGGGUCAGAAGCUUGCUGAAAUGAGAGGUGGCAUUGAAUGA